UUUUAUACAUUUUUAGGACUAUAAUCGUUAACUUAAUAAAUGCCAAAGAAAAAAUGAAAAAGUUUAGUUAUCUCAGAAAAACCCGCGUCACAAAACGGGGUUAUGACGUCACAGUUACUGUACUUUUUAAAAUUUUCUUGGCUUUUUUGUUCGGGGUGAUCAUUGGAUUUAAUAUCAAAGAUCUGAUGAUUCGGACGUGCUCAUCGAUUGCACCAAGGAAACCUACGAGUUAUGGGGUGGCGAAGUUGGAUCUUAUGUUAAGCCCAAAAUUUACGAAAUUACCAGACAAGUUUUUGACAAAUAUUCCACCGGAAAACGCUACACUUGCUUUCACAUUGAGACCGUGGAAAUACGUGGCACGCUAUAAGACCAACAAGUCGCAAUAUUUCAUGACUUUUCUAGUAAAAUCUGCGUCAUGGCUUGCUUUAAGAAGGUUCUUUGUUCGUAAGACGUGGGGAUCGGUGGACACCAUUAACGGGCAUCGGUUCGGUUUAAUCUUCAUCGUCGGUUCCACAACAAACGAGGAACAACAGAAGCUUCUUGAACAAGAGAACGCGAUGUAUGGCGACAUCCUGCAAUCUGACGUCAUAGACGAUUAUAUCAAUCUUCCGCGAAAGGUACUUUCUGCGUUUCAAUGGGUGACGUAUGAAGGGGGUAACAUAAGUGAUUAUUACGUCACAACGGACGACGAUUGUUCCAUCAACAUACCGACGUCAUACGAUUAUUUCGUCACAAACAAAACGGAAAAACUCGAAUACAUCCAUUGUGGAUAUAUUUAUGAUAAGGACAAUAAACCAGUCAGGAACCCUAAGUCCAAAUAUGGCAUGCCCCCCUCAAUUUACCCCUACGCCGCUUACCCCACUUUUUGUCACGGUGGUAUGACUGUGAUGUCAUACACCAUACUCCGAGAUCUCUAUAUGACGUCACAAGUUACAAAUUACGCGAACUUCCACCUGGAAGAUGUUUUGAUAACCGGGAUAUUGAGGGAAAAGUUAUAUAACUCGUCAAAUAUGGUGGUUCCUAAAGGUUACAACGGGUGGGGGGGUUCGAUUAGAAGGAAUGAACUCCUAGUGUGGCAUAUGGGGACAGCUAGGCGGCUGGACGUCGCUUUUGAGGCAAGAUGGCGCCGUAUUUGCUCAGGGUUAAGGAUUUUGUUUGUGGAUGAGACUUUGCUUGGAAAACAACCGAGCGCAGCGUGGCUAAACGCGACGUUACGCGGCGUUCCGUCGUUGCCUGGAAAAACGCUUACGGAAACGAUGUUUGAGUUUGGUGGGAAGUGGAAAAAGUUGCGGAGGAGCAGAGUGGGAGUAAAGGAGGUGGUUGUGAGGACGGUGGCGGAGGAGAGGGAGAAGGAGGAGGUGGAGAAAGUGGAGUGAGAGCAUUAGGAGGAAUGGGAUAACUGGACAGUUAAAGAGGAGGGAAGACAAUGGAAUGUUGGGGGAAGCUGUCAGAGCGUUAGGAGAAGAAGGACAAUCGGAGGAGUGGAACAUGUGGGGGCUUUUGAAGAGAAAGAAAAGAAAAGAUUUCCUCUGAGGUUAAUUUGAAUGACAGCGCACUUGUGACAUCAUAAAAUGAACAUCAUAUGUGAUAUUAUGGUAUAAAAGGACAAUUUUUUUUUGUGCUUUAUAUUUAUUCUCGCUUGGCGAUUCAGCAUAAUAUACCUCGAGUCUGCGCUUA